GGUUACCAGAAAGGUCAUGUGACAGGAUGUGAUUGGAGGAGGAAUGUAAUUUCGCGGGAUUUUCGUAGUAAGGCACAACAUUUAAUUGUUUAGUUCGAUUGUGUCUUACAAUUUUGAGCUUUUUUAUCAUUUAUUUUGGGCAAAUUUCUGGUCGUCCUUUUAAUUUUUUAUUUUUAAAUUGAUAAGCCGUCGUCCGACUUCAGAGUUAUCAAAUAUGGUGAAGACUAGGCAACAGUUUAAGAUUGCUUUUCGCAAACGUAAAAGCAAGUAUUCGAAGGAGAAGCCAUUAGAUGGCGGAGUCGACGGUCGUGCGGAGAAAUCAUUGGUUUUUUAUGACAAUACCCAAGGUGAAGAUGGAAGUGACAGUCCAGUGCCAUCAUCCCAUUCAUCGCCCAUAAACAAGAGAUCGCACAAUGAGAUGGAAGAUGUUUCAAACGAUCGCUUAGUGCAAACUUGUGUAUUUCAAACGAAAAACUCAGACGAAAUAGCCUCAAAAUUCCGUAGAUUUUCAAACCAUAAUGAAAACGAAGAGAAUGAAGGAAGUUUGACCAUUUGCAACACAAAUAUCACUGGGCAACAAUCCAACAAAAAGAGAAGUUUUAAUCCUAGAAGAAAACUUAGAAGCACUCUUCGUCAUGCCAUAACCAAAGUUUCACCAAGUGAUGGUCCAAAACUGGAAUUAGCUGCUCAUCAACAAAAAAUUCAGAUAAUCAAAAGAUGAUGUUAGAUUCGGCUUCUACAAACAUUUUAUUUAUGCCAAACAUUAAAAUACUGAGAAGUGCAGAAAAAAGAUUGCCAAGUAGAUUUGCAAACUCUCUUGCCCAAACAAGUUGCGUGAAAAAGUUGGUGUCAAAGCUAUCAAAUUCUUCCCUGGAAGUUGAUAAAAAGCACAAGUGUAUUUCACCGAAGGAUACGACUUCUCACAGACAGUUAUUUCGUUGUUCCAGGCCAGAUGCUCAAGCUUAUAAGAAAGCAAAACAAGUCUUCAAUUCUUCCAUUCCAUCGAAUCUUCUUUGUCGUGAAACGGAAACACGACAAAUACAAGCGUUUAUUGAAGAACAUACAAAAUUACAGAAGCCUGGAAGUUUGUACAUAUCUGGUCCGCCAGGAACAGGAAAAACGGCUUGUUUGACCCAUAUUAUAGAAGAUUUACAGGAGAACGGAGUGAAAUGCGACAUUCAAUGUAUCAAUUGCAUGAACCUCAGUCGAUCGCAUCGAAUCUUCUCGAAGAUAGCUCAGGAGCUAACUGGUUGGGACAAGCUCACAAACGCAGAAGCUGAGAAGUUUUUAGAAAAGAAAUUUACUACUAAAGGCGCACCAAUUGUUUUGAUUCUGGAUGAGGUCGAUCAGUUGGAAAGUAAACGACAAGAUGUUCUGUACACAAUGUUUGAAUGGCCAUCCCUACCUUCCUCUCGGCUCAUUCUCAUCGGAAUCGCCAACGCUUUGGACUUGACUGAUAGACUCCUUCCAAGACUGCAUUUACGACCAGAAUGUAAACCCAAAUUACUUCAUUUUCCGCCUUAUUCCAAAGACCAAAUCGUGAAAAUUCUCUCGGCAAGAUUAAGCGAGGUCGAAGUCUCACAGAAUGUCGUCGAUGUAAGUGCUGUUCAGUUUUGUGCGCGGAAGAUAGCAGCCGUGUCCGGUGACAUGCGCAAAGCCUUGGAUAUCUGUCGUAGAGCUGUUGAAAUUGUCGAAGGCGAAGUACGACGACAGCAAAUUCUGAAACCUGUAGAUACUUCCCAAUCGUCUACAAAUGAAGUGAAGAAAGUCACCAUUGCUCAUGUUUCAAAAGUAAUAUCCGCUGUUUACGGUUCUCGUUUGAUCAACACUUGCGGUGGUGAGCAGCCAACAAUCCCUCUACAACAGAAGAUACUUAUAUGUACUCUCCUGCUUCUACAAAAACAAAGUAAACUUCGCGAGUUAUCAGUUGGACAGCUUCAUGAGACGUAUAGAAGCAUUUGCAAGAAAAGAAAAGUUUCUCAAAUCAAUCAGGAAGACUGUCUUUCAUUGUGUAGUCUUCUCGAGACUAGAGGCAUUGUUUCACUAAAACGAGCUAAAGAAACUAGGAGUACUAAGGUUUCGUUGAAAAUCGAUGAGCGAGAAGUCGAACAUGCUCUUAAAGACAAAAUUCUCAUAACAAGCAUUCUUCAAGGAGGCUUGGCAUUGUGAUGGCAUUUUAUUGCUCAGGAAAUUGUUUUUCAACUAUGUCAAAACAUCCCGGUCAUUUUUAACUUGUUUUUUCCCACUUCACCUGUUCGUACGAAGCAAUCAUUAGUUUAUUUAUAGCUAGUGUUUUUGUAAAUUUUAAGAGUUUUUAUUGCACGGAUUUCAGUAUCGAAUUGAGUAAAGUUUGAUUUGAAAUA